CCGUUUGGUCACCUGCCCUAAAUGGCAAUAGAGCGGCGACUGCUCAACUUAGGCAGACGCAGCGCCGCAUGGCCAUAAGGGCAAUCAGGGGGUACCGUACAGUCUCCCACGCGGCGGCCACGUUACUGGCAGGCAUGCCCCCCGUGGAGAUCAUGGCGGCGGCGUAUACACGCAUGUACGACCGCGCCGCGGAUCUCAAAGCGGGGGGAGCCAAAAUCACGCCGAGGGUGAGGAGGCUCCUCAGCCUCCAGGUAAAGAGGGAGGCGAGGGAGGAGUGGCGGACCUGGCUGGAGGACCCCAGCCGCGCAGGCCAGCGCACGCUCCAGGCCAUCCUCCCUCGCCUAGAGGAGUGGCUGGACCGUCCCUGGGCACGGGCGUCCUUCAGGACGACGCAGGUACUCACCGGGCAUGGAUGCUUCGGUGGGUACCUGCACAGAAUCGGGCGUGAGAGGACCACGCAAUGCCACCACUGCGAGGAGGCGGAGGACUCGGCGCAGCACACCCUGGAAGCAGUGUUGCCGACUUCGCAUCUUUGCACGGCAGUCGAGCGCGUGGAGGGAGUAGAGUGGGGGUAGCGCUCGGCGCUCGGCUUACGUCGGACGCGAAGAAGAGCGCGGACAUAUCUGUUGUCUCUUUCUCUCUACACUGUGACGAUGGAAGAGCGCGGACAUAUCUGCUGUCUCUUUCUCUUUCCAUCGUCACGGUGUAGAGAGAAAGAGACAACAGAUAUGUCCGCGCUCUUCUAGCGUCACGGCGUGGAGAGAAAGAGACAGCAGAUAUGUCCGCGCUCUUCUUCGCGUCCGACGCUACCCCCACCCUACGCCCUCCACGCGCUCGACUGCCGUGCAAAGAUGCGAAGUCGGCAACACUGCCUGGAAGUCUGUCCGGGGUGGGCGAACGAGCGCCGGGUCCUCACUGACGUAAUAGGGGGUGACCUCUCCCUACGGGCGGUGGUAGAGGCCAUCAUCACCGGGGGAGAGGAAGCCUGGGAGGCGUUCUCCUCCUUCUGUGAACGCGUAAUGUCACAGAAGGAGGAGGCAGAGCGAGUAAGAAGGGGGGAGGCGGACCCCCCUCUGGGCUCGCAUAGAGGAGGAAAUGGAGGGGCUAGAAGAGGCGCGCGUGGACGGCGCGGCCGAGCAGCCCAUUUGAGAGGGCCCUACCUUCAGGGAGGGCGGAGAAGGUAAAGGCAUGAGACAAGCCUGGAGGAGAGGCGGACCGUUUAAGGUUAACCUUCCCCCCCACGCCCCCUCUCACCCGGGACGCUUAUCCCGUGGGGAAAAAGGGGGAGAGGAGAAAAAGUCGGCCUGCCUUCUUGAAGGCACCCGGCUUAAUAAAGCCUCCAAGAGGCGAACAGCGAGGGUUUGGGGGGUUUAUGCAAGGCGUCCAGGGCCCGCCUCAAGAAUAGGCCUGGGGUAUCUCCUGCCUGUCGUAAGAGGCGACUAAAAGGAGCUUUUGCCGGGAAGUCCUCAGGGACCCCUG